AUGGCACCAAGCAAGGCAGGCUCAGAUGCCUACAACUACACCGUUGCUCCUCACCUUGAGGCCAAAUUUGACAUCCCCAUGGAUAAAUUCGAGGCUGCCCAUCCAGAGAUCGACCGCUUUAUUGUUGGCGGCUUCGUAUUCACAAACCGCUCGCUAGACGACCUCCCCUUCUCGUCUUCAGCUACAGCCCACGAAACGACCUCGUCCAACACAGCCUCUGGCCUUUUGCCCCUGGUGUUGAUUAUGCAACGCGCCGCCACAGACUCGAACGGUGGAUGCUUUGAUUUCCCAGGAGGUUCUGCCGAGCCCACCGAUGCCACGCUGCUUGACGGUGUGGCACGCGAGGUCCUUGAAGAGACGGGCUUCCAUGUCAGCCAUUUUCGCGAGCUUGUUCGUGUAGACAACUGGGAGAAAGUGUACCCUGAGGAAGGCUUGGUGCGCGCUGCCAAGUUUUCGUUUCUCGUCGAUGUCCACGAGGCAGAGAAGCCGGGCUGGGAGGACAGUGUGGAACUAGCUGCAGACGAGCACACCUUUUGGGCGUGGGCUACACGCGAGGAGAUUGAAAAGAGUGUGCAGCUGUGGCGCGAUGGCAAGAAGGACGAUGCUCGGUACACUUUUAUCGGUGUACAGGGUGAGACAGCUGCAGAGGCAUGGAAGGUUUAUUCGGACCUGACUACUUGA